AUGAAGGCUGCCAUUAUCCUGUGUGCCGUGCUGGCACUCUCCGAGUGCAUGGUCAGGAUCCCUCUGAACAAGGGGAAGACCGCCAGGGAGAAGCUGGAGGAGCAGGGCCUGUGGGAGGAGUACAGCAAGAAGUACCCCUACAGGCCCUUUGCCAAGUUCGGCAGCUACGCUGUGGGCAACGAGCAGAUGACCAACGACGCUGAUCUGGCCUACUACGGUGUGAUCUCCAUUGGAACCCCCCCUCAAUCCUUCAGAGUGAUUUUUGACAGUGGCUCGUCCAACCUCUGGGUGCCCUCUGUGUACUGCAGCAGCACUGCCUGCAACAACCAUCAGAAAUUCAACCCCAGCCAGUCCUCUACCUUCAAGAAUUCUGGACAAUCCCUGCAGAUCCAAUAUGGAACUGGCAGUAUGACUGGAUUCCUGGGCUAUGACACCGUUGCUGUUGGAGGUAUCCAGGUGCCCAACCAGAUCUUUGGACUGAGCCAGACUGAGGCUCCCUUCAUGGCUCAGAUGCAGGCUGAUGGUAUCCUGGGCCUGGCCUACCAAAGCCUGGCUGCCUCCGGAGCUCAGCCCGUUUUCUACAACAUGGUCCAGCAGGGCCUGGUGCAGAACUACUUCUCCGUUUACCUGAGCAGCAACUCAGAAUCCGGAAGUGAAGUUACCUUCGGUGGUUAUGAUCCCAACCACUUCACCGGCAGCGUUGCCUGGAUUCCCCUGUCCUCUGAGACCUACUGGCAGAUCACUGUUGACAGUGUGACCAUCAAUGGUCAAACUGUUGCUUGCAAUGGUGGAUGUCAGGCAAUUGUGGACACUGGCACUUCUAUGCUCGUUGGACCCACCAGUGACAUUUCAAACAUGAACAACGCAGUCGGUGGUGCCUCGGUUCAAUGCGGCAACAUCGGGAACAUGCCUGACAUUACUUUCAACAUUAAUGGAAAUGCCUUCCCCCUCCCUGCAUCUGCCUACGUCCGUCAGUCCAACUACUACGGCUGCAGCACUGGAUUUAGCGGAAGUGGAGACAGCCUCUGGAUCCUGGGCGAUGUCUUCAUUAGGGAGUACUACACCAUCUUUGACAUGGGCUCCAACAUGGUUGGUCUGGCCCAGGCUGUGUAAAAUGUUAAUUUUUGCUUGUGACAGAACAAUAUGAUCACUUGCAGCUGUAAUGACGUUUUAACAACAUUUGCUGCCUAAUGAAAGUAUAUAUAGAAAGUAAUAGUGUCUCAUGCUGAAAGAACAUCUUGGCUAUUUACAUUCAUGUAAAUACAUACAUAUAUGUAAACUGAGAAAAAACGGUGCUGAUUAAAAGCAAUUAAAGCAUAACAGUUUGGUCUUACUUUGUGAUGCACAUACCACACAUCU